CGUCAGUCGCUUACUGAUCGUUUACAAGCGGGUAUAACAAAGUGUGAUUUAAUUUUAAUAAUUUUCUUUUUUGUUUUUAUUGUUAAAGCGUGAGCGUUUUCUGAGUUUGCGUGUUAAAUUUGUUUUUUUUUUAUUUAUAUUUUUAUAUUACACAUUUUUCUUUUGUAAAUAUUUUGAUCAAUAGAAUAUUGUAUUUUUUAACUUAAUAAAUUUGUAAUAAUGGAUAAUAGAAAAGAUAUUGAAAUACAAUGGGUCAAAGAAUUUUUAAUACCAAAACUGAUUGAAAAUGGUUCAUUAAAAGGAAAACCAACUAAAGAUGAAUUUUCAAUCAAAGAAAUUUCAUUAAAAUUUAUUGAUUCUGCUGAAGCAUUUAUGUUAACAAAUUGUUUUAAAAUUCAUUUAACAUAUAAUUGCAAAAAUGAAGCAUUUUCUGAAGAUAUGGUUGUUAAGAAAACACCAAAAGUCAGUAAAGAAGACUAUGAUGCAAUUAAUUUCAAAACAUUAUUUGGAAAUGAAAUUCUUGCUUACACCAAAAUUUUACCAGAAUUAGGAUCACCAACAGCUAGCUUAACAUUAUGGGAUAAUUAUCCAAAAUAUUACUAUUCACAUUUAAAAGAUGAUGAAGCAUGUAUUGUAUUAGGUGACUUUGUUGUUGAUGGUUGGUGUAUGUCUAAGAAACAAGUUGAUUUGUCAGUUGAACAUUUAUUAUUGGCUGCAAAACAUAUUGGAAAAUUUCAUGGAAUUUGUUAUGAUUUGAAACAUAAUAAUCCCGAAUUUUUUAAAAGUAUUAUUAAAUUAUUGGGUGAAUCAAGAUAUGCUAAAGAACCACCACCAGAAUGGGAUUUAAUAUUACGUACAGCUGGUCAACGUUCAAUAAAUUCAGCUAGAAAAUAUUAUGGCAAUAUGAUACCAGAAAAUUUUUUAAAAAAAUUAAAUCAAGAUUUAAGUAAUAUUUUUGAACAAGGUAAAGAACGUUUAAGACCAAUUGAACCAGAAGCAAUACUUUGUCAUGGUGAUUAUUUAAGAAAUAAUGUAGCAUUUCAAUAUAAAAAUACUAAGGAUAAAGAUUUACCUACCGCAGCCAUGAUGUUUGAUUUUCAAACAUUACGUUAUUCAUCGCCAAUGUGUGAUUUAACAACAUUUAUAUCACUGUCGAGUGGUAAAGAUACAAGACAAAAAAAUUUCGAAAGGAUCUUCAAAAGCUAUUGUGAUUCAUUAAAAGACACAUAUGAAAGCAGAACUUCAAAUAAAAUUCCUGAUUAUCUAAGCUAUAACAGCAUGCUUGAAGAAUAUGUACGUUAUUUGCCAUAUAGUUUAGGUAUUGCUUCAAGUUUCUUAGCAACUUUGUAUGAGCCUCAUGCAUUGGAAUCAACUGAAGAGUUCCUUAAUCAAGCUAAAAAUGAAGAGCAAAUUAUUAAGGAUACUACAACCCGUGGUGGCGAAACUGUAGACAAAGAAUUAGCUGCUUUAGUUUAUGAAUUAUAUGAUUUUUCACAAAAACUUCAUGUUGAUAUUUUUUAAAUUUUAUUUUGUGUUAGACAAAAUUUUAAUUUUCAUUUUAAUACCAUGUUAGUAUUGUUAAUUAUUUUGUAAAUUUAUGUUUUUUUUUUUUUUGUAAGUACAUCUUUGCUAUUUUGACUUUAAUUAAAUUGUUAAAUAAGAAGCAGUUAUGUGAAAAAGUGUAGAAUACUUUUAAAAAAUAAAAUCUUGUCUAAUUCAAAAAUUAAAAUUUGAUUUUAGCAAAGAACUUUUCCUACAUCAAUA